AUGCAAGUGAUGUUCUCACAACUGCGAACGUUGCGGUUGCUACAGGCUACAACUCGUCGGUUUCUAAGCGCUCAGCCAUCCGUAGCAACAUCAUUGACGGAAGCACGAAAUCCUUCCCUGCUUCGAAAUGCUGCAAUAAUCGCCCAUGUUGAUCAUGGAAAAUCUACUCUUUGCGACAAAAUUCUUCGCGAUUGUUCCGUAGAAGUCAGCGAGGAUCGCAUGAUGGAUUCCGGAGAUCUUGAACGGGAGCGCGGGAUUACGAUUACGUCUAAAGUCACAACCGUCGAGUAUAAGGACUAUCUCCUCAACAUCGUAGAUUCCCCAGGUCAUAGCGACUUUGGUGGCGAGGUAGAGCGCAUUCUCGGCAUGGUUGACAGCGCCGUUUUGCUCGUCGAUGCCACCGAAGGUCCAAUGGCUCAGACAAAAUUCGUUCUGUCAAAAGCAUUGGCCCUCAAUCUCAAGCCAAUCGUAGUCCUCAACAAGAUUGAUAGGCCAUCCGCAAGACCAGAAGCCGUCGAAAGCGAUCUUUUCGAUCUUUUUGCCUCCCUCGAUGCCUCGGAAGAGCAGCUCGAUUUCACAACCGUGUACGCCUCAGCUAAAGAAGGUUGGGCUUCUAUGGAUCCGAAUUCUGGGAGGGAUAUGGGAAUGAUUCCACUUCUUGAGAAGAUUGUCGAUCUUGUGCCUUGCCCGAAGGUUUCUCUGGACGAGCCGUUUUCGUUUAUUAUUACAAUGCUCAGUCGCGACCCCUUCCUUGGCCGUAUUGCAACUGGCCGGGUUUGUUCGGGUAUUGCAACAGUGGGAGACCCUGUGCAUGUCGUUAGUCGAGACGGGGUUCGACGAAAGAAUGCUAAGAUCACAAAGAUCAUGGCCUCGCGGGGAUUGAAACGGCAGGACAUACCAGUAGCAUCGGCCGGGGAUAUCACAGCAAAUGCGGCUGACUGCAACAACCUAUCCAUUCCAACGAUUAAGCCUUUGUGGGCCCCUGCCAUCGACCCGCCCACUGUUUCAAUAACAUUCAAUGUGAACGAUUCUCCCCUUUCCGGAAAGGAGGGUGAAGUACUAACAACCCAAAAACUCGCUGACUGGCUGUACGCCGAGGCUGAAAACAAUGUUUCGAUUGCAGUUGAGAAGGACGCCGAAUCCGAUGGCUUACAAGUAAAGGGGCGUGGCGAGCUUCAGCUCGGUAUUCUUGUCGAGACUUUGAGACGUGAAGGGGCCGAAUUAGCUCUCUCGCCGCCAAAGAUUCUCACAAAACUGGACAACGAGGGCAACUUGGUGGAACCCGUGGAAGAAUUACAUAUCGAAGUUGAUGACGAUCACACAGGUGCUAUAAUCGAGAAGCUUUCGGCGAGGCAAGCCAAUCUCAUUGACAUGAAGCCGGUUCUCGGUGACCGAACAAAACUCUCCUUCUUGUGUCCAUCAAGAGGGCUGCUGGGCUACCGUCCCAUUUUCAUUCAAGAUACCAGGGGCACUGGGAUCAUGAACCGCAUCUUCGCAGAAUGGGCUCCGAGAAAAGCAACUCAAUCAUCAGUGUCGACGCGAAAGGGUGUUUUAGUUUCUAUGGCUUCUGGGAUGACGGCUGGGCAUGCUCUAGCAGCCUUGGAAGCACGCGGUGUUCUUUUUGUUGGGCCUCGUGAACCUGUCUACACUGGAAUGAUCAUCGGGGAACACAAUCGAGAUAUGGAUAUCGAUGUGAACCCCGUUAAAGCCAAACAACUGACGAACUUCCGGACCCAAUCUAAAGACGAGAAUGUCCGGUUAGCUCCGCAUAGGCAAUACUCUUUGGAGACGGCUAUCAGUUAUGUGUCGGAAGCCGAACUAGUGGAAGUGACACCGAAAAGUGUUCGAAUGAGAAAGCAGAUUCUGGAUCCAGGCCUGCGUGCGAGAAAAUUGAAAAAGUAGUUCACGAGCCUUUUCAUAAACAAUGUUAAUAGG